UGUGUACCAGUACCAGGCCGUGGCUUUCGCCUGGGUCAGUACUGCUGCCGCUGUCAAGAGGGCUUCUACAACCCGGAGCUAAUUCCUCUGGACUCAGAUGGCGGCCCUGUGAACCGGAGUGAAGGCGGCGAUAUGUGUUACCCGAACAUGCCCAUCUGUCUCCCGUGCUGGCCGGGCUGUAAGAGCUGUGAGGAUGGCACCCCCUGCUGGGUGCAGGAGGACUGGCUUCUCAGGGCCGCUGUGCUGGCCAUCCAGGGGGUCUUCAUGCUCCUCAUCUUCGUCAGCAUGCUGGCGGCCUACAGGCAUCGUCGAAACCGGAGGAUCCGAGCGUCCGGCCUCCUCCUGCUGGAGAUGAUCUUGUUCGGCUCUCUGCUCCUCUACUUCCCGGUUUUCAUCCUUUACUUCAAGCCGAGCACCUUCAGGUGUAUCCUGCUCCGCUGGGUCCGAAUGCUCGGCUUCUCCAUCGUCUAUGGCAUCGUCACUCUGAAGAUGUACAGGGUGCUGAAGGUGUUCCUCUCACGCACGGCCCAGAGGGUGCCCUACAUGUCCAGCCUCCACCUGCUGAGGAUUCUGGGAGUGAUGCUGAUGACGGUCAGCUGGUUCCUGUGUGCGUGGACGGUGGGCGUCCUCCAGAACCGCGACAGGAACAUCCCGGUGUUCGUCACGACCAACACGACAGACGGACAGGGCUUCAACUUGUGUUACCUGGACCGCUGGGACUACAUGAUGGCUGUGGCUGAGCUUCUGUUCCUGUGCUGGGGGAGCUCCCUGUGGACCGCCGUCAGGCCGGUGCCCUCGGCCUUCCACGAGCCUCGCUACAUGGGCAUCGCCAUCCACAACGAGCUGCUCCUCUCCUCCAUGUUCCACCUGUUGCGGUUCACCUUCCCCUCUCUCCAUCCUGACUGGAUGCUGCUGCUCUCCUUCACACACACUCAUGUCACCAUCACUGUGACGCUCGCCCUGCUCUUCAUUCCCAAGUUUCUUCACGUGUCCAAGCCGGGGAGGGAGGAGAUCGCAGCAGAGGUGUAUGAAGAUGAAGUGGACCUGCGGCGCUCUGGCUCGUACCUGAACAGCAGUUUUCACUCUGCUUGGAGUGAGCACAGUGUCGACCCAGAAGACUUUCGGGAUGAACUGAAGAAGUUAUAUGCCCAGUUAGAAGUCCACAAGACGAAGAAGAUGACCGCAAACAACCCCCAUCUCUCAAAGAAGCGGAGUUCUAGAUGUGCACUUGGGAGGUCCAUUAUUAAACGCAUCGCUGAGAUCCCAGAAUCCAUGAGCCGACAGUGCAGCCGCGAGGAGAAAGAUGGAUCCUUCCACAGUAGAACUGUGAACAUGUCUGACUAUUCCAGGCGGACCCCAGAUACCGUCAGUAUCAGUUACAAAAGUUCUAUGAAAUCUCCAUCACCAUCGCCGUCUAUGCGCAAGUCCCAAAGUGAACAUCACUAUGUCCGAGAACGAGACUCUUCCAAGCGUGACUCGAUGUUAAAGGCCCACGUUGUGAAGACACCCUCCCAGAGAUCUCAGACAGACUCCUUAGAUAUUCCACCAGGGGUCUGUAAGUCCGCCAGCGCCCAGAAUCUGACUAUUGAUAUCAAUCUCCUGCAUCCUGAUCACACUAGACUCCAUAAGUCCUGGAGUCUCACCUCCACUACCGCACAUUCUAUGGAAAAUAUACCAAAGGUCAACAGAGCCAGCACAGUGCUGACAAGGUCCCGGCAGAGCAUUUCCAUCAGUGACCAGACCAGGAGCGCUCUACAGUCAGAGUCCUUUGACAAGGCUGAGGUCUGUCCUUGGGACGUGGAGCAAGAACCAACAGGCGAUAGGAAUCAGAAGCAUGUCACCUAUGCAAACUCUGAGGACAAUGAGGAAAGGCCAGCAUCUCCACAGGCACUUGUCUGUCCCUGGGACCAUUUACCACCCGUCCAAAAGACUCCUUCUGAGGACAAAAGACUUGAAGGUGAAACUGAGUCGCCCAAACCACAAGCUCCCGUUUCUGCAAGCGCGCCAGGGUCUCCAAGACCAAAGGUCACCAAAGAUCAGCGCGUCUUUUCCUUCCGCACCACCACCAGUAAGUGGCUCUCUGUGAAAUCAGUCAUGGGGUCCAUGGAUGCAGGAAGCAGAUCCAGUAAGGACGGAAAUUUCAAUCGAGAGGAUUCUGUCUCACAAAAAAGCCAGGAAAGUGCUUCUACAACACCGAGAUCACAAACAUCUAGCAGGCGCCCAAGCAUGGAAAAGAGGUCACUGCAGAAAAGGAGUAUGACAACAUCAGAAGGAAAACCAUGUCUUGUAAAGCAGAACGCAAUCAGGCUGUCCUCUGGGGAUUCCUCGGACAGAAGCCCAAGAAAGUUUGUGAUUGUAAAAUCUGCUGUGUACCCAUGGGACAUAGAUGAUAUGCAAAAAGACGGAACCUAUGAUAAUGUGUUUCUAUCGAGGCAGAACAGCAAACGUAGUAGUAUCAGUUCCUGGGACACUGCUAGCAGCUCAAGAACUCCUUCAACUCGCAGAAGAGGGAGUUAUAGAAUUACACCGGUCCGUAAUGUUUCUCAUGCAGAUGUGUGUCCAUGGGAGGGAGCUGGUACUUUGCAGCAAGAAGGACCAAAGAAGCAGCAGAGCAUUAAAGCAGAUGUCUGCCCCUGGGAAUCACAGGUAUCUGAAGUAUCAAAUGUUUGUCCAUGGGAAUCGCAAGAGCAAGGGAAUGUGAGAAGACAAGGAAGUGGUCGUGGGGAAGUGCGUCCUUGGGAAUCUGCAGAUAUUCCAGUUGUUUCUCAUGCUACUCUGUCCAAAGAUUCACAGAGACAACAGUCUUUAAAACCUGCAGCAGAUAUAUGUCCGUGGGAGACGGCAGAAACUCCCCAACCCUCAGUAAGACAAGAUAAUGAAUAUGUUAAUAUUUGUCCUUGGGAUAUUCAGGACAAGACUGAAGUUGUAUAUGAAAAUCUAAAUCCUUUGGAGACCAAGGGAACGUUGACAGUUCCCAAUCAACAAGAGGUGAUGAAACCUGCCACGUAUCCUGGUGCAUCAAAAGAAAUGGUAAAUAAUGAGCAACCACUGGAAACAAAAUCAGCUCUUCAUGAUUGGGGUAAACAAGUGACCAAGACAUCGGACAGUUGUCCAUGGGAAUUCCCUGAUCCUCCUAAAAUUGUGGAAGUUAUUUGUCCCUGGGAUGAGGGAAGUGCAGAGUCAACAAACACAGACUCAACUUCACAGAUGACCAUCAAGGUAGAUGUUUGUCCCUGGGAAACAGGAACCCAAGACGGACCAGGAGACUCACAAGAGGGCACUGAGGGAAAAGACAACACAAGAGUAAAUGUAUGUCCCUGGGACACUGAGCCCCCUGAAGGAAAUGCAGCUACCAAGAUGGCAUCACAAGGGCUGGAAAUACAAACAAAUGUUUGUCCAUGGGAAAUUACAGGACAAGAGUCAGGAAAGCCAGAGACCCACAAAAUAUCUGACAGUCAUGUAAGACAAGACACAGCAGAUGUUUGUCCAUGGGACACAGAAGAACCAAAGGUUCUCAAAAAGCAAGACAGCACCCGGGCAGAUGUUUGUCCGUGGGACACAGAAGAACCAAAG